AUGGGUUGUUGCUAUUCAAGACUAGAGAGGGAAGAAACGGUGACGCAUUGCAAAUCAAGGAAACGUUACAUGAAAAACCUGGUACAGGCAAGACAUGCUUUUUCAGCUGCACAUGUUAUGUACAUUCGAUCUCUUCGUUCAACUGGUUCAGCUUUGUUUCACUUUGCUAACGCUGAAAAAACCACUCAUCUUAAUCACCAUCUUCCACCUGAGCCACAGCCAAUUCUUCCACCUCCGCCGCCGCGUGCUCCGUCGUCAAUGCCGCCUCCUCCUCCACCGCCGAUGAGUCCGAGUUUGAGUUCUUAUACUUGGACUUCCGGGACAGGUUCGUCUCCUCUUCCUCCGCCUCCGCCGCCGCCUCCUCCUCCUCCGGUGAUGUCCUCCGGUUGGGAUUUCUGGGAUCCUUUCAUGCAGCAGCAGCAGCCUCCGCCUCCUUCGUCGAGGUCGGCUACUGAGGAAGAGUGGGAAGCUACGACAACUACUGGCUCUGAGGUGGUUGUGAUGGCUGGUGGGGCUGCGGCGAGUAUGGCGACUCCGUCGUCUGGUGUGGUGGGGUUUUCUAAGGAAACGCCUAGUGAACUUGCAAUGGUGGUUUCUAGAAACAGUAAAGAUCUGGUUGAAGUUAUCAAAGAGCUUGAUGAUUACUUUCUCAAAGCUGCUGAUGCUGGUUCUCAUGUUUCAUUUCUGUUACAAGUUCCAACUUCUGGUUUUUCUGAUUAUAGUAAAUCAAGUAAAAUGUACGGAAAUGGAUGGAGUUUGAGUCCAUCAAUGUGGGCUUGGGGUUCUUCAAGUCCUAAAUUGAAUGGAUUUGGCAAGCUGACUCAGGAGGUUUCUGUUGGUAGUUUUAGGGCUAAUAAUAAUGGUGUUGGAAAUGGUGGACAUUCCUCUACUGUUGAGAGGCUAUAUGCAUGGGAGAAGAAACUGUACCAAGAGGUCAAGAAUGCUAAAUUAAUAAAGAUGGAGCAUGAGAAGAAGGCGGCAAUGGUAAGGAAGUUAGAGAUGAGAAGUGCGGACUAUUUGAGGACAGAAAAGGCGAAGAAAGAAGUGGAGAAAUUAGAAUCACAAAUAAUGGUUUCUUCGCAAGCCAUUGACAGUACAUCUGCCGAAAUCGUCAAAUUAAGGGAGAUAGAGCUUUACCCUCAACUCAUUGAGCUUGUCAAAGGGUUGAUGUGCAUGUGGAGAAGCAUGUAUGAGUGUCAUCAAGUCCAGAUGCAUAUAGUUCAGCAACUGGAAUACCUUAAUACCAUACCGUCAAAUAACCCUACGUCUGAAAUCCAUAGGCAAUCAACGCUUCAAUUGGAGCUUGAGGUACAACAGUGGCACCAGUCCUUUUGCAACCUCUUUAAAGCUCACCGGGACUAUAUUGAAUCCCUCUCAGGUUGGCUAAGGCUCAGCCUUUACCAGUUUAGCCGAAACCCUCUUAGCAGAACAACUGAGGAGUCAAAGAUAUACACUCUCUGCGAACAAUGGCACCUUGCCGUUGAGCAUAUACCUGACAAGGUAGCGUCAGAAGGAAUAAAAAGCUUGUUGACAGUUAUUCACGCGAUUGUAGUUCAACAGACGGAGGAACAUAAACAAAAGAAGAAGUCGGACUACGCGUUCAAAGAGUUUGAGAAGAAGGUGGUUCAGCUUAGAUCCUUGGAGUGCAAGUACGGUCCUUACUCCAUGUCGGAACGGUCUGGUUCUGUGAGAAGAACGAAGGACCCUGUCGUGGAGAAGCGAGCUAAGGUGGAAGCUAUGAGAGCGAAGGCUGAAGAAGAGAAAACAAAGCAUGAAAAAGCUGUGAGUGUUACAAGAGCAAUGACACUAAAUAACUUGCAAAUGGGAUGUCCUCAAGUUUUUCAAGGGAUUGUAGGGUUUUCAAGUGUGUGCAUGGAGGCUUUUGAGUCUGUAUACAACAAAGCUAAAGUUGCUGAACAAGAGCGCGAAGUGAAGAGAAUAUUACCAUAG